CUAGAAGAGACGAGAAAAAACGAGUAGAACGUACGUACGUACACCCCUAUCAGGCCCAUACCACCACCUGUACGUCCAUCUCUCCAAUAAAUACCAAACGUGGGCUGCUCUUUCAGUCCUCACACCUUACCCAAUCUGGCCAAGAGAUCGACAACAAUGGAGUUUCAAGCACUGCUUCUGCUUCUCUUCGUCUCUUUCACUCUCUCCUUUGCCACUGCAUCCACUAGCAAUGAGAAGCCGCCGUCUCUAAGUCAAACUCCAGCGCUGACGCCACCCACUCAGACACCGGCCAUUUCACCGCCGCCUGUCAAGACCAUUCCCGUUCUUCCCCCAGUUAAACCGACGCCGCCUUUCCGACCGAUAUCUCCUCCUCCUUCGGCGCCGGCCGCCAAGACGUCUCCCUCUUCACCGCCGGUUCCGGUAAAGACCCCAUCUCCUCUUCCCCCGUCGACUCCGCCCCCCGUCCAUACCCUCCCCCCAUCACCGCCUGUCCCGGUGAAAGCGCCGUCGAUUCCUCCACCGACAGGGAAAGCGCCUCCUACUCCGGCUGUCACUCCGACACCACCUUUCCGACCUCCAAGAAACAUGGCAGAAUGUGGACCACCGUGUUUGGAGAGGUGCAAGCUCCACUCGCGGCCGAAUGUGUGCCAGAGAGCGUGUACGACGUGCUGCGUGCGGUGCAAAUGUGUGCCGCCGGGUCAGUCCGGCAAUAAAGAGAUGUGCGGCAGCUGCUACACUAGCAUGACCACCCACGGCGGAAGGACCAAGUGCCCCUGAACUAUUAAUUACACGUAUUUAAUAAUUUAAUAAUUAUUAUACAUUCUGUAAUCCUUGAUGUUUCUCUGAAAUUAUGUUCCUUUUAAAUUUGUUUCAGUUGAUUACGCUUUUUGAAGGGACAACGACCCUUUGCGUUCAUUGUAUGCAAGUAAUAACCUAGAUAAAUAUUGCUGUAUGUCGAACGUAUAACCAAGUUUAUUUAAGGGAUUUUCCCCUUAAUAUUAUUAAAUUUAAGCUCAUUUCCAAAAAAGUGACUGCAUUUAU